AUGAAAGAUGGCCUGCAGAUCGUCGCACGAUUACCCUAUCCAUCCAAUCUGCCAAAACGAUCCGCUGUUGCCACGGAGGUCGCUACAAUGGAUCUGAUUCGGUCGUACAGCCUCACCGUCCCGCGCGUAUACGGAUACUCGGCUACCUCAAAAACUCCAGUCGCUUCAGAAUACAUAAUCAUGGAGAAGAUUGGUGGGAAAGAGAUUGGGCAUAUUCGAUACGAUUUGUCUAUGGAAGAGAAAAGACAGCACCACCUUGCAGGUGGCCAAGAAGCAGCCCUUUUCUCUAUCCACUACCGGCAUUUGGAACCGUGUUUUGCAAAUGUGAUCUGCCCUCCACGGAUCAAAGUAUUGACGUCCCAGCGCACGAAGGACUGUGCAUUGGACCCGAUGUAG